AGGGAAGGGGGGAGCCCAUGGAAUCCAUAUUGGCUUUCGGAGUUCCACGUCGUCCGCAUGCUAUUGGCGUCCGGAUAGACUCCCCCUCCACCUCUCAUUGCGCGGCUGGAGGGAAGCCGGAUAAUGUUGGGUUGGUACUUCGGAUAACGAGUGUUUGUAAGAGUUUUUCGUGGUCUUUUCGCUUCAUCGCCCCUUCUCUCUAUAUAGCCCUCACCGUAAUUCGCCACAUUUUAUCCUCUCUCUCUCUCUGCUAUGUCGCUCCUGUGAGUUCUGAUCAUAUUAGUGGAGGAAAAAUCCAAUUCACUGCCAUCUCCCCUAAAGAGACCAAAUUCCAGAUGAGUAUCUUGAAUAAAUCCAUCCCUCCUCAUCCGUCACGUACUGUGGUGUCAUCCCAAACUGCCACCCAAAUUAGAAGAAAGAUGUCAGUCACUGCUAGUGGUCAUUCUUCAAGUGAGUCCUGCCGCAAAAGAACGCAGCUCGGUGCAAAACAUCCAAGACAUGGUGGUCUUUUGGAGUUCGUUGAUGAUGAUGCUGUCAAAUUAUCCGGUUUGUUCAGAGAAGAGACGCCCUGCAACUUCGUCCCCGACCAAAUUGCAGAUGUCGAUCCGGAGAAGACAUUCAGGACAGUGCCAGAUGAUGCAGUAUUUGGACCCUUUACGCUAGGCUUUAUGCGCUCAGUGAUGGAGAAUGAAUCAAUCAGCAUGAUCAAGGAUAGAACGGCAAGCCUAGACAUCUCUGGAACAGAUUCUGCAGCCAAUACCCUUGUUGUGAGUGUAUCCUCUGCUGUGAAGUUGCAGCACAAUCAGAUGGAUCAGAUUGCAAAGAAGAUGCAGAGUCUAACUGGUGCUACUCAUGUCAGUCUUAAGAACACUAUUGACACGUCUCUAAUUGCCGGUUUUGUUAUUAGCUACGAGAAGGGAGGGUCUCAUGUUAUUGAUCUCAGUGUGAAGGGUCAAUUAGAUCAGCUGGUGGCUCAUAUUGAAUCAAAUGAUCAGAGAAAUGCAAGCAAUACUGAAAGUUAUAUCUUCAUGAACAGGGGAAGCUAGUUGGCCACCCCUAGAUGCGGUUGUACCCAUAAACCUAAGUAGCCUGCAGAAUUUUGUCUUAACUACCAUGUUUCGGCAAGAGAAGCAUGCAAUUUUGUCUUGUUAUUUACCGGCAGAGUGAAUAGCAAGACUUCGGCAAUAAGGGAUCUUCUAAGAAACCCGAAAGCUAAAAAUUCCAUACAUCAUGUAUGAAUGAUGUUUUAUAUUACUGAAAGCAAGAAAAUGCUUGUCCAUUGGACAGCUUUACUGUCUAUAUACUUUUGUAGAUCUUGUAGUUAUAAUCUCAAAUGUACACUAUUGGUAUUUGAUCAGUUGAACUCUCUCUCUCUCUCUCUUUGUCUCU